GUGUCAGUUGUUUUUGAUGUGACUGAUACUGUCAUUGAAAACUCUUUUAGGGUUAGUGUGCCUUAGCAGAUGGUUGACACCAGCAUUGAUUUCUUCUUGUUGGUGUUAUCUCAGCAUUGCCUGGUAUGGUUUCAAAUCUCAGUUUCUGAUGCAAUAGAAGCAUUUAAUAUGGAGAGAUUAAAAGUUCUAUUGUUGAUGGGACAUUAUGAGGUCGUUGGAUUAGAUAAUAUAUUUAUUAUGUUCCUUUAGGUUAUUUUUGUCUUUUGUAUUCUUUACGGGGGUGUUUCUUCUUCCUUUAUCUUCCUCUGGUUGAGUAAAUAAGGGUGACUAUCAAGUUACUGUUUUCUUAAGUUUCAUUUAAAAUUUGAAAUGAAAAUUUUUUUUGCUUCAUAUGUUAUUUGUAAAUAAAUCAUAACAAUUUUAUAUUUAGGUUUUAGUCUUUUCCAUGUCAAAGUGUUUCUCAAGUUGCUUGUAUGAAUUGUGUUUUUUGUACAUCUUAUUUCUUAAUACCAUAUUUUAUUAGUAUCAUGUCGAUUUAAAAAUUUUGUUAACCUAAUGGGUUUUAUAUUUAAUCGACAUUGUUGAUUAUUUGAAUAAAAUGUUCUUGCUGAGAAGCAUGGGGGUUCACAAAAUUUUGGUUUUUCUGAUAUUUUAUUACAAGUUAACUCUCUUGGUAUAGCCCACUUGUCAACGAUCUUUUUAAAUACAUUAUCCUCUUAGGC